AUGCACGUACUAUGCGACCUGCGGUUUUAUGGAGGGUAUUGUGGCAUCCAGCAGCACGACGGCACCAAGCAGCAGGUGCUCUUCUCCCUGUGGGACCAUCCGCAAGCGGGACUCCGCGUCCAGAACCGCAGCUUGUGCGACGGCGUCGUUGCCAGUCCUUUCGGCGGGGAGGGCAAAGGCAUGGGGGCGUACUGCGUCAGCGGCUCGGGCGCGCCGGAAGACUGCGAGCUUGCGGCGUGGGAGCCAGGAGCGACCUACACCUUUGCCGUGCAGUCCGCGGCCGUCGACGGCGGCUCGGAAGUCACGUGCUGGUUCCACAAACCGGACAGCGGUUGGGUCGAGUUCGCGCGGCACUUUCGCCCAGAGCCGGCAGACGAGGAGGGAGGUCGGCUGUCGGGCCUCUACAGCUUCAUCGAGGACUUCGGCGGCAACUCGGUGCGCCGCUCCGGGCUGUACGCGGCGUGGGUGCAGGAGUCGCCGCGGGGCCCGUGGCGCCCGGUCAAGGGCGUCCGCGGCACGAGCACUGCCGAGGCGGACGUGCCCAACAAGCGGCUGGCCGCCGUCGCGUGCGGGGACGGCUACCAGCGGGUCGAGCUGACCACCGGCGGCGACGCCCUGCCGAGCUGCGGCCUGUUCGCGGGGGCGCUGGAGCUGCCCCCGGCGCCCGCGCUGCUGCACGAGCUGCGGGCAGCCUUGUAG